AUGGAUAUGCUGGCAACUCAGAAAAGGAGGGAUUUUCGGAAGAGAAAAAUGGAGGGCAGGUCAAAGCCUUCCCAGAUGACUCAGUCUUCCCAGUCAGGGGUUUCUACUUGGAAGAAGCCCAGAUCCAGUGGUUCUGAUAGUAGCGCUUCAACUGCUACACUGUGCAGUAAGUGUGGACGAGUGCAUAAGGGAGAGUGCCUCUCAGGCACUAAUACUUGUUACUGGUGCCAUCAGCUUGGGCACAUGGCGAAGUCUUGUCCUCUUUUGGGUCAGAAAUCUGCUACAGAUGUGAGGUCAGGCAAUAAUGCUCAGAGGACAGCUGGUAGACCAAGAGCUGUGGAGUCUACAGCUUCUGUUCCUUCUCAAGGUCAGACUCGUCAGAAUGUUCAGCCACGAGUCUAUGGACUGUCCCAGCAAGAAGCUAAGGGAUCUCCUGAUGUGGUUACAGGGACACUCCUUAUGUGCGAUAGACCCGUUAGAAUCCUGUUUGAUACUGGAGCGUCACACUUCUUUGUUUCAAAAGGAUUUGUUAUAUCUGCUAAAUUGCUUCCUACCUUUAUGUUGAAGUCUCUAUCAGUUUUGAUGCCUAAUGGGAAUCAUAUGAAAGCUAAUCAGAAAUGUCAAGUAAAGUUGAGGAUUUGUGAUAAGAAGUUUGAGGCUGAUCUGAUUGUAUUGCCUCUAUAUGAGUUUGAUGCAAUCUUAGGCAUGGAUUGGUUAUCUUGCCAUUUCGUGACUAUAGAUUGUAACAAGAAGGAGGAUAAGUUUUCUUAUGUUAAGGAAGAGAAGAAGGAAGAAAGAGAGCUGAAGGAUAUUCCAAUUGUUCAGGAAUUCGCAGAAGUAUUUUCUGAUGAUCUACUUGGUUUACCUCCAAGUAGAGAAAUAGAUUUCUCUAUUGAGUUAGUGGCAGGAGCUGAACCUGUUGCUAAGGCUCCUUACAUAAUG